AUGUCACGUUGCCGAUUAUCCCUUGAGGAUUAUCACGCAGUGUCAGUUCCCACCCACAGUAAGUAGCAGCUCUACAGGAUGAUGCGAGCCGGGUAUUCGAAGCUUUUGAUGUUAUUGACUCGUUUAAAAUUGAACUUGGAGUACCACCUCGACGUUCGAUUGCCGUCGCCCACUUUUCUAUCCUUCCGAUCUCACCCUCAACGUCGUUGACCUUUGUCGUUGUGUUUGAUGGCGUGCAAGCGGAAUUCGAUGCGUUCCAGGAUUCUCGAAUCUUUCGAUUCUGGAUGUUUGCCUGUUCCUGGAAGCUCGCGUGGCAUGCUGGACACGACCCUUGUAUACCAGUUUGUAUAUACUUACAAAUAUUCUUUUAGACAAGGGUAGGAAAUUGCGUUUUAUUUGAAUACUAGCAUUCUACUAGUGCAAUACUUAGAAACUUUGACAAAUAAAUAAAAGAUAUGAUAUAUCUAACUGAAAAAAUUUUUUUAAAGAAAUUUGACUAGCUUUCUUACUAAAGAAAUUAAAAAUUAAUAAGUAGUGAAAUGUAAAAUGGAAUUGUAAAAUAUUAGAAAAUAGUGACAAAAGUAGUCUCUUUGUCAGAUUAGAAAAAUAUCUAUAUAUGUGGAAACGGAGUUCUUUGUUAUUAAUAGUGUAGGAAAGAAAUUCAACUGAGGAACUCGCUAAACAGUUUUUUCAAGCAAUCUUUCGCCGACGACACGUAUUGAUUUGGGCGUCAUCUGUUCAUCAUGUUACGUCGUAAGGACGCCAACGUAUCAGGGUCGCAUAGGAGAACCCGGAUAGUCAUGUGGAACAUCGCAUUAUAUCAUUUCUUGUUUCCCCUUCUUGCACACCCUUCGGAUUUUCUUCUUGUAAAGCGAAUUAAACAUGAAGGAUUCUUCACAACAAUUGUUCCUUUCCAAUUUCUCUUAAUUUAUUAUAACAAAAGAUUGAAUGUUACAUUUAUCAAUUUAUACACAAUUGGGCAUGUGUAUAGAGUGUAUAAUGUUGUUCAUUUCUCUGUAAAUUGGAAUAGCUUCAAGUUACAAUAUUCAUAUUUUAUUUUAUCAAUAUUUAUUCAAUUGAUUUUAUAUAUAAUUGAUCUUCAGAGUAACUGUAUGUAUCCAUAUCCAUGGUAUAAUCUGAUUCGUUUCUUGUUAAUUGCAGAUCAUUAAAUGGUGAUUUAAUAUCGUUGUGAACUCUCCUUAAAGCUCGUUAGCAAGAGCUCGAAGGGUUUCAAGGCAGGAAAGUGUCAGUCAUCUGUUCGUCACGGUGGCACAACUAGCUUGCUUGCACCAGGGUACUAGCAGACGUUUGAGGGAUUUAUGGCUUGCCCGCCACGUUGACGUCAAUGUAUCGAUCCCAGUGUCCAUUGGACCUUAAACUUUUCGUAAUUCAAGGUUUUCCUCUUUCCUUCUCUCUGAAGGGUAGCUCCAGCAGAUAGGAGCUGUUGAUAUGUCGAACUGCUCGUCACGAAACGUUGCGUGACGUCACGAAAGCUCGCAGUUACUAGGGUAGCAAAGAAGGAUAGUAGAUGAAUUUAUGGCUUUCCCGCCGGCGAAGGGUUGCACCUACCGUUCACGUCUUCGAUGCGUUUAUUUGAAAAAAUAAGAACAUUUUCUUCUCGAAGAAGUCGCGUAUCGGUGAUUCGUUCGAUUGAAAGGUUCUGGCGAAACGUCAACGAGUGUCAGUUGUCCGUCAAAAGACCGUCAAUGACGUCAUUCUGAGACGAGCCUACCAGGAUUACAGCCCGAGGGUAGAUUUACGACCAAGAGCAACAGGUUGUUGCCUCGGGUCGUGUUUCAUUUGGAAAUGUCCCCAAAGGGUUGGCACUCUCUGUUUCUCUUAAUCGGUGGUUUGUAAUUUCAUACAAAUUAUUCGUUGUUCGAAAUUGGCAUUUAUGGAAGCAUAAAAAAUUACAUGUAUCUUUAUUUUCAAACGUAAAAUUUUAUUCAAAUAUUUAUAUACAACUCUUUUAUGUAUUUCUUAAUUUUUAUUUUUCAUUGGUUUUUAGUCGUUUAUUUCCUAUAAAUUUAAUUAAAGAGCAUAGAAUGUUGAUUUAUUAUGAAACAAGUGCACUAUAUGAAAAGAAAUUGUUGAACACAGCCUCAGUUUUACAAAAAUGGAGGGAAACUGGAUUCUGCAUGUGAAGGGAUUCAUUCCCGCGGGACCUGUUGCUUGCUACUGGUCGUAAAUUCAAGCCGGAGAUGUUGUCCUGAUGAAAACCGUGUGUUUGACGUCUUUAUGACAUGAAACUGACGUGAAAUCAAUACUGAGGCACGCAAGCGUGUUUGUUGAAGCUAGAGAGAACCGUUCUUUCUAAAAAAUUUCUCUUUUUUUCUAUUUUUUCACUAUACGGUAUUAUAUAUUUUUCUAUUUUAUUUUAUACACAUUAUUUUUUAGUUUUUAAUUUCUUUUGUACGAAGAUAGCGUACGACAUAUCUAUUUAAGAAAAUCAUGCACUGAGGUACGCGUUCUUUCCACUUCAUUAUUUAAAUAUUACUCUCUUUUAAUCUAGAUUUAGGUUGGGACUUUGGUCCUAUUUGUAUCUGAUAGACAUAAUAAUGUAUUUUCACAUAAAGUUACUGAAGGAAACAUAUUCACGGUUUAUUUGUAAAAAAAAGAUGCUUCAAGCGAUUUUAUGGAUUUCAUAUCAAAUUGUCGGGACAUGACGACUAUGACGUGUCACCGUAACAGGAUAGUAUCGAGGGUAGUAAUAGUUUCGAUUCACCAAUACAUAUUAUUGCGACUCGAUAUUUUUUUGACGCAUGGUAUCGGGUACGAACGAAGACAGCAAUAAGACAUGCAACGUCUGAAAAAUAUCAGGUCAGCAUCAUAUUACUGUGUUUGCCCGAGCAUGAAAGAAAGUAGUGAAGAAUCGUAAGGGGCAAGUUAGUCCAGAUCUGGAAGGCGGUUUAUUGAUUUUCUGUCAUCUUCUUGCGUUUACGACAUCUCAUCGUGUUUCGAUGCUACCAGGAACGUAUCACCAUAUCACACUUGUUUACUCCACAUGCCCGCGUUGAUCCGGAGGUGGAUGCUGGAUGCUGUCGCCUCCGGCCUGUUGCCUGGAUAUUGUGGAAAAGUAACUGGUUCGCUCCAUUCGCUUGACAUGCGUAGUCAGUCUGCUAUCAAUCCGUUCUCUAUAAGAUAGUUAUUUCUUUAAAGAAAUUUUUCUUUUGCAUUUCACAAAACAGAAAGAAUUAGUUUUAUUUUGUUGAAGAAAUUAUUUUAAUUAUUCCUUACAUGCCUUUGAUAAUCUCCCUCGAGGAUAUCGAGAAUUAUAUAUUUUUUCUUAAACAAAUCAAUUUUUUUAAGAAUGUUAGAUGCGUCUUGUUUGUAGAAUUUUUUCCGCUUAAUUAUGAUUGUACAACAUUCAUGAUUGCCUAUGCUUGCAAACGUGCAGUUAAUUGUUGUUCUUACUGUUUAAAAUUUAGGACUCGAUAAAGAAUUCAAUGAACAAUACUUGUUAGUUGAUGCUGAUCAGCUGUCGAAUACUCGUCAAUCGAAAAUUCAAGCAUACGACCAGUUUUGUAUUAGGCGAACAGAUUUUGGGGUAAGCAUUUAAUGGCGGCCCCUCCAUACAAGACCACGUGACACGUCGUCCUUGCAGGAUCAGGAUAGUAGUUCUUUGAACAGUUAGUCCGUAUCUGUUAUCCAAAAAUGUCUCAAAACAAGUAGCAAUUUAUAUAUAAUAAAUAUGUGACGAGUGACGCGAGUUCAUCUGUUUACAAAUAAUAUGUAUUUAAAUUGUAAUAUUUAUUAUCAAACAAAAAUCAAAGAAUAAGCUUGUUACAAUAUAAUUUAUAAUUUUUUGCAAUGAUUUAUUUUCUCAUGAUGCGCAGUGUUUCACAGUUCAUAUAUGUAGCUCCAUAUAAAAGAUACUGCAGAGCUACUUGAAGCUUAGUAUGUUUUCUUAGUAACUCUGUAACUUUCAUAUUCAUAGAUGCUGCAUAUAUUAUCCAUUGCUACAGCCGUGCGUAACCGAACAUAGCCUAUAGUCUAUAGAAUGAUAUAUAUACAUAACUGUUGAAUUGUAUUUGGCUGAGAAAUUCUUGAUAAAUCACUUACCUAUUUCAACACCUAUUGCUGACUAUUAUUCUUACUUAUAUCUACCUCCUUUCAAGAUAUCUUUUAUCUGGCAUAUCAAUUAUUUUGACAAUUCGAUGGUUCCAUAUGUCCUAUACCACAGGCAUGGAUAUAUAUACAUACGUGUAUGAGUACAUAUGCAGGAAGAGAGCCAACUGUUGCGCACAUCGAUCGCAGCGCUUCCGCUCACGGUUCGCGUAUCGAUACAAUUUAUAAAGUUGCUCGCUAGAGAGCGUGGCAUGUCAAUACGUUCGAUACAUCGAAACGUCAACUGGUAGGGGAGCUUGACAAUAAACGAUACAUGCUCGACAUCGAUGUACGAGCUCCUGUUGGAUGCUGGCCUCCUAGCAAUUUGAGAUACAGCGUGUCUUCCGAAUGGCGACGGGAUUGCUUCUACGCCGCGAGUCACGACGACUGCAAGACAAUGAUGGCGUUGAUCGAGAAACAUCGUUGAAGACUAGAAAAAAAAAGCAAGCAACGGAAGACGGAGGCGGUCUUUCCUGAUCCUUCGACUGACUGGAAAAAAAUGCCAUGCCCCCUUGGCGCGCCUCUUGGCAUAAUGGGGCGCCAUAAACGAGUGCUGGUGUACGCUGCCUCUGUUAUUAUUUCGCGGCAAUCUCGACCGCAGUGAUGAAUAGGAAGGGGGAGGAUAAAACAAGAGAAACGACUGCUGUCAUUCAUUUGAACCGAUAAUAGCCCACCUGACAAUGAAAAUCAAUGGUUGACAUGGAGUGCGCAUGUCAUUCGACUGCGGAACAUUCAAAGCCGCACUUCAUCCCGAGGGAAGCCAGAUUUAUUUUUCUGUUAUCCUGAUGCCACUGUGGUUCUCGGCAUUCUUUUCAUUGCUCGGUACACUAGCUCUCUUUUCUUCACAUAUUUCGUUAGGUAUUUAGGUGAAUGAUUGGUUAGGUCCGACGAGUUAAGAAAUUGUAUCAAAAGUUAAUAUUUUAAUAUCUUGAAUGUUGCAGCAAAUAUGUAUAUAUUUUAUGUUAAGAAAAUAGUCAAUAAUCAUACCUAGUUGUCGAAUAUUCUUUGCUUAUACUUAUAUGUUUUUAGGUGUAAGUUAUGAGGAUGCUUUGCGAGAUGGUGUGUUGCUUUGUAAACUUAUGAACAAAUUGCAACCAGGUCUCAUCGCCAAAAUUAAUACGUCUGGUGGUGAUUAUAAGAUGAUGGACAAUCUUAAUCAAUUCCAGAAGGCUUGUGUGAAAUAUGGAGUACCAGAUGUGGAUCUGUUUCAAGCAGUCGAUCUUAUAGAAAGGAAGAAUAUCGCUCAAGUGACCAACACAAUUUUUGCGAUCGGUCGCACUACAUAUAGACAUCCAGAAUGGCGUGGACCAUGGCUAGGACCAAAACCAUCAGAAGAGAAUAAACGAAAUUUCACGGAGGAGCAACUAAGAGCUGGUGAAGGUUAUAUCGGUCUCCAGGCUGGUACCAAUAAAGGUGCAACCCAAGCUGGUCAAAACUUUGGAGCAACAAGGAAGAUUCUUCUUGGAAAAUAAUAUUUAUAUCUAUAGUAUUUUCUAAUGUUCUUAAGAUUUUUUAACUAGUUCAAAAUUAAUUUCGAACAGAUUGUCUUGUUUUAAAAUGAAUAUUGAAUUAAUUGUAAUUAAUUUUAUUAACAAAGAAUUACAUUAAACUUCUUAAUUAUUCUAUAAUUUCUUAGCUAUGUUAUAAUAAGUUAUAAAUACAUAGAAGUUGGAUAUCCAAAUAAUUAUCAUUAAUAAGAUUUAUAAACAUAAUAUAAAAUAACAACAAUUUCAUUAAUGUUGAUUCAAUAAAGUCAUCAGUUAAUACGCUGAAACUU